AUGUCUGCAAUCGGGAAGCCACAUCCAAAGGAUAAGUUCACAUUAGCUGAGGAUGAAAAGCUUAGAAUCCUCGUAAAUGCUUUAGGUGAUGGAAAUUGGAAGCAAAUCAGCGAAUACAUGAUUACAAGAACACCAAGACAAUGUAGAGAUAAAUAUAAAAACUAUCUAGAUCCUCGCAUCAACACUGGCCCUUGGAACAAAGAAGAUGACGAAAAACUUCUAAAUUUGGUUAGCGCAAUUGGGAAAAAAUGGUCUCAAAUUGCAAGAAACUUUAUUGGAAGGACAGAUAUAAAUAUAAAAAGCAGAUAUGCCUUAUUAAUGAGACAAGAAGAAAGAAAAAAACAUCAAGAUGUUGAACCAGAAUUUUAUCAUGAUGGAAAACAUUACAUUAUUAGAAAUGGAAACAUUAUUGAAGAUCCUGUUAAGAACCUUGAAGAUGAAUUAUUUGGGAGCUUCGACUUAUCUGAUUCCGCUUUUGAAUUUGAAGUUUGA